CAUUCUUGUAAAUUCUGUCCAAAAUAAAAAGUAAUAAAAAAACAAUUUUAUGACCUGUAACAACACUGGUUCUUAAUGUACUUCUGUCAAAGUAAGGAUAAACAACACGACGCUGAUUCUGUGGUUUAAUAAUUCUAAUAUUGAGUUUAAGUAGCGAAUGAAACUGUGAAAAUGACUCGGCAUGCUAGGAACUGCACUGCAGGUGCUGUCUACACAUACCAUGAAAAGAAGAAGGAUGCUGCGGCCUCUGGUUAUGGUACUCAAAGCGAAAGACUUGGAAAAGAUUCAGUGAAAAGUUUCGAUUGCUGUAGCUUAACUUUACAGCCUUGUAGAAACCCAGUUAUAACUAAAGAAGGUUAUUUAUUUGAUAAAGAGGCUAUUUUAGAGUAUAUCAUCUCAAAAAAGGGUGAGUAUAACCGCAAGUUGAAGAAGUACGAGAAGCAAUUAAAAAAGGAAGACACAGAGAAAGCUGAGUUGGCUGCGGCUGAGAAAGAAGCAAAUUUGAUCAAGUUUAUGAACAGAGAGAAGAAUAUUACAAGUACGAAGCAGGAUGACGGGCCAUCCUCGUCAUCUGUAUCAAACCUCGCGAAUGGCAAAGCAAAACAGUUGCCAAGUUUCUGGGUGCCAUCACAACUGCCAGAUGCUAAACAUUCUAAAGUUGAAAAGCCUGACCCGACUGUUUACUGCCCUAUAAGUGGGAAACCAUUAAAAAUGAAAGACUUGAUUGAAGUGAAGUGGACAUUAGUGAAUGACCCUGAUGAUAAAAAAUCAUUGAUUGCUAAGGAAAACAGGUACAUGUGCCCUGUUACACAUGACAUACUGGGCAAUGCUGUACCCUGUGCUGUAAUUAGGACAACUGGCCAUGUAGUCACAAUGGAAUGUGUAGAGAAGAUCAUCAAAAAGGAUUGGUUGCACCCACUCACCGGUGACAAAUUAAAAGAGAAAGACAUUAUUGUUGUCCAAAGAGGUGGAACUGGCUAUGCUUUGACCAAUCAGAACUUGGAGGGAAAGAAUGAGAGACCUGUCUUACAAGCUUAGGCUAUAUUUAUUUUGUAUAAGUUAUUUAAGGUUUAUUAGAUAAAGCGCACUUAUUAAAUAAAUUGUUGUAAGUUAAAUCUUUUUAAUUGAACUGGUUAUAAUUUGAACACUGAAUCAGAAACUAUAAAAAAAAAAACAAUAUAAAUUACUAUUGGUAUAUUGUAAGAGUGUAAAGCUUUAUCUAAUGGUUUGUCAUGUUUCCUUUUACUAAAUGUGAAUCUUUAAAGAAAUUGUUGUAAAUAAAACAAAUGAAAUAACUGUGGUUG